UAGACACGGGUUGAGAGGCAUUAGAGCGCACUGGGGCUGUGGGCAAGAUUUUUCUAAGACAGAACAUCCAGAAAGAAAAACUACUUUACCUGUAUUGCUUUUAAGAGAAUUUAAAAAUAUGCCGUCAGUCUACGUUUAUUUUACGGGGGCAAGCGUGGUGUAAAAGUGAAACUAGAUCAGUGUCGUGCGUAAAAGUUUAUUUUGAAACCAUGCGCAGCUUCUCUAAGCUGUGUGUCCAAGGAGAGGUGCCACAAACUUUUCCAGCAAGUGUUAAGAAUGCGGCCCUUCAUGGAACCCUUCUGGCAGGACCCUCUAUGUUUCCGGGUAUCGCCGUGUCUUCCAGGGGAUCAUCCGACCCCAGAUUGGAUGCUUCUUUAGAGCCCAUGAUUCAACCGUCGCCAGCGGAGCAGUCUGCGAUGUUUUGUCGUCCUCCCGAAAUUCUGGAAAGCGGGGGAAUGGCUGAGGAUGAACCUAAAGUUUAUUUGGAAGCCAGCGACCUUUGGAGACAGUUCCACAAAUGCGGCACAGAAAUGGUUAUCACAAAAUCUGGGAGGCGCAUGUUCCCGCCGCUCAAGGCCAGGUGCAUCGGGAUGGACAGAAAAGCCAAAUAUAUUCUUCUGAUGGACAUUGUAGCUGCCGAUGACUGCAGAUAUAAAUUUCACAAUUCUCGCUGGUUGGUGGCGGGGAAGGCGGACCCGGAGAUGCCCAAACGCAUGUACAUCCACCCGGACAGUCCGGCCACGGGCGAGCAGUGGAUGUCCAAAGUUGUCAAUUUCCAUAAACUGAAACUGACAAACAACAUAUCUGACAAACAUGGAUUUACAAUUCUCAACUCGAUGCACAAAUACCAACCCAGAUUUCAUGUAGUGAAGGCAAACGACCUCCUGAAACUACCUUACAGCACUUUCAGGACAUAUGUCUUCCCCGAGACGGAGUUUAUAGCAGUGACAGCUUACCAAAAUGAUAAGAUCACACAGCUGAAAAUAGACAACAAUCCCUUUGCGAAGGGAUUCCGAGACACGGGCAACGGAAGAAGAGAAAAGAGGCAAGUUGUUCGUAUCUCAUUAGAAUCAGCAGCCAUUGCAUUUGAUGUCAUCAACAGUAUCAGUAGUGACUGUUCUUUUAUUUUGUUUUGUGAAAACAGGAAAUUACAGUCUUCAUCACAAAGGUGUAAGGAGAUGCGUAUGACUGAUGUAAAAUGUGAACCGGCGAAAGAUUCUUCUCCACAAUAUUCAGACAUUUCCAAGUCUUCAGAUGCUCAUGAAAGUGACAGUGACAACGAUGACGGUGACAUGUGUGGACAAGUGGUGCACAGAACCCACCAGGAACUAGAGAGUGAGGCGUCAUCCAUCACAGAGAGGACGUCGCAGACUUCAGCUGGGACACUGGGAGAAAGGGACACCAGACCAAAUCAUGCUGUCAGUGUAAUUACUGACGGAGCGGGUCGCUGCAAGACACAGGACUCAGAGAUGGAACGACUGAGCAAAUUACGCAGCGCUCAUACAUGCAGCUACGUUUCGCCUCCAGAAUUAAACGGACACGUGCAGGAUCCCGGCGCCUCAAACAGCCUUUUCCAGUCUGCCCGGGUGAACGCCUGGUUCAGCUCCGCCACCGUGGACAGAGCGGUGCCAUGUGGACUAGGCCUGGCAGUGCCAGCCAGAACUCAGUUUCCCAUCUCUCUUCAGCAGCAUGCAUUGGUACAGGACCUGGUGAGCCUUUCGCACUUUGGAGGCUUUCUGUUUUAUCCCUACUCCAACGCCUCAGCAGCAGCAGCAGCCCAGUUCUUCCUACCACCACCGUGGUCCAGAGUGGAUUUCACAGCCUGUCCAAGCACUCAUGGCCGGGAUCAUUUCUCCUCUCCACUGACAUCUUCAUCUGGUACUUCUGCAGGCAGUGGCGGCUUCAAAUAUAUCUCCCCGGAGUGGCUCACGCCUCCUAAGACACAGCAGAAUAACUCAGUGGACGAAGCUGGAACUGACUGCAGUCAGGACGAGUCAUGAGCAGGGAGGGGGAGAAGGUUGACUUGUGAGAGGUUACUGCUGCUUUUAAGAGUCACUGCAUGUGGUUUACAAACUCAUUUCAAAGUGAAAUAUCGUCCUGACUCUUACAGCAUCCUAUUGCCUACAUGACUUAUGAUUAAAUCACUUUGGUGCAAAGAACCCUUUGUUACAACAAAAGGUAACUUGGUCAAUAAUUAACAUUAAGUUGUGAUUUUAUUGAAAUCAGAUGCUAGAUGGUGCCUUUUGUGAAUGCUGAUAUCCCACUGAAUUCAGUUUGCUCCUUCCUUACAUUAAAUUGACAGAUUUAUGAAGUUUGGUGCAUUAUAGUAAGUAUUAAUAAAUUAGACCAACACUUGAUCUUAUUUGGAUAUGCCAAGUGUGGCUGUUCCUGACUGCAUUCCCUGUCUCUAAAAAUAACAAUCAAAACUGAAUUGUUAAUGUUAUCCAAGUCUUAACCCUGUAUAAAAGCUGUCUGGACCCACGCAGAGCUCACAUUUCUUCUCCAUGGUGACAGGAGGCCCCAUACGUAUGCACA